GUUACCCUCACUUCUUCAUCUGUCCUGUGUGCAAGACUGGUCCCUUCCCUCUGCUCCCAGCUCCUAUGCACUAAAGCUCUGCCAACAUGACCGGCUACUCUACCAACAUGCGGAUUAAGUUGCCCUUAUUCUGCCUCAUCCUCCAAUUCAUCACUAUCAUCCUCUUCGCUGUCUUCGUGAGGUACGACCACGAGUCCGAUGCCAGGGGCUGGCACGAUGAACUGAAGAACCACAGCACUGCCAACGCAGACAACGACUUCUACUUUCGCUAUCCAAGCUUCCAAGAUGUCCACGUGAUGAUCUUCAUUGGCUUUGGAUUUUUGAUGACAUUCCUCAAGCGCUAUGGUUUCAGCAGUGUGGCCUUUAACUUCCUCAUAGCAGCUUUCGGCCUCCAGUGGUCAACCCUCAUCCAAGGCUUUUUCCAUGGUUUUCAUGAUGGCAAGAUUCAUGUUGGCAUAGAGAGCAUGAUUAAUGCUGAUUUCUGCACUGGAGCCGUCCUCAUCUCCUUCGGGGCAGUCCUAGGGAAGACCAGCCCAGUCCAACUGAUCGUAAUGACCUUGAUUGAAGUGACCCUAUUCGGUAUCAAUGAAUACAUCAUUCUGAACAUUGUCGGGGCUAAGGAUGCUGGUGGAUCAAUGACCAUUCACACUUUUGGAGCCUACUUCGGUCUGAUUGUUUCCAGAGUUCUCUACAGAGCGGACCUGGAUAAGAGUCGGCAGAGGGAAGGAUCUGUCUAUCACUCUGACCUCUUCGCUAUGAUUGGGACUAUCUACCUUUGGAUGUUCUGGCCCAGCUUCAACUCCGCCGUCACAGCUCAUGGAGAUGACCAACACCGCACUGUACUGAACACGUACUACUCACUUGCUGCCUGUACCUUGGCCACGUUUGGUUUCUCAGCUCUGCUUAAUGGAGAAGGAAAGCUGGACAUGGUUCACAUCCAGAAUGCUGCCCUAGCAGGGGGUGUUGCAGUUGGAACGUCCGGUGAAAUGAUGCUGACCCCCUUUGGAGCCAUGAUUGCAGGGACACUGGCUGGCAUAGUCUCUGUCCUUGGAUACAAAUACUUAACUCCAGUUCUAGACUCCAAGCUGAAGAUUCAAGAUACAUGUGGGGUGCACAACCUCCAUGGAAUGCCAGGAAUCUUGGGUGCAGUCAUUGGAGCUAUUGUGGCGCUCUUUGCAACGGCAGACAUCUAUGGUGAUGGGAUGGACGAUGUCUUCCCAAUGAUAUUUGAUGGCAGUCGCACAGCCAAGCAACAAUCUCUCUACCAGUUCCUGGCACUGCUGGUAGCUUUGGGAUUUGCCAUCAUUGGAGGAACUGUUGUAGGGUUCAUAUUGAAGUUGCCGCUCUUUGGAACACCCUCUGACGCCGAGUGCUUUGAAGAUGCAGUAUACUGGGAGGUACCAGGAGGAGAGGGGCACCAACAACUGACCGUUGUUGUUAACAACGAGGACCCGGAUACGCAAGCGUAAAUUUACCCUGAAGAUAUGAAAUUUGCCGUACUUCUUCCAUGGUUCCAGAGUGGUCUUCAUGGCUGUUGCUCCACCACUGCCAAUUGCAGCAGCUGCCACUGAAUAUCAUCAUUCUCUUGGUGCUGUCAAACUGAACCUCAGAUGUGAACUUUCAAGUAUUUACCAGUUUUCCUUAUGCCACCCCUCCCUCAUACCACCUUUCCCCAAAUGUGAGACAGAGCACUGUGUAUAUUGUGCAGCUUCUACAAUCAGCAGAGCCUUCUUGUCCCUCGAGAAGAAAUCCGCUAUUAUGUUAUGUGUUUUAUGUAUCAUCUAUAUCAGCUCAGCUUUACUGGUGCAACCAACUUCCAAGCCACCAACUGUAGCUCCAAAGAUUCAACCAAGAAAAGGACUCUAGGAUAGAGGACAUCCCUGAUCUACACAAUACAUUUUUCAUGCAUUUUUUUUAUUGCCGUACACUUUUAUGAAAAUUUCAUUAGCGCAAUUUGUAGGUACGCUAAUGCAUGCAACUUGUUGUCUCUUUUGGAAAAGCCAGUAUGAUACUAUACAUGCAGGGCGCUGGGGAAUCUUGGGUAAUCAGAAGCAAGAUGGAAGUGUGGUGCUCUUCAAGAAAGUACCCUGGGCUUGUGGGAUUUUUAUAGAAGAAGAGCACCAGCCUGGAGCACAAGGUUGGUUGGAGCACAAGGUUGGUUGUUCAAAUAACUUGGGGGUACUCAACAUAUCGGCACCCCUAUUCCUGUGGGUCAAUCUUCACUUUUCUUUUAAGCUUUUCUCUGCUUUAUAAAAGAGUUUAAAGCUAAACAAAGCAUUGCCCUGCUCAUGUUUCCAGUGGUGCUCACUUGUUGUUUUGGACCACAUUACUGGACCACCUAGGCAGAUUGGCAGAAUAGAAAUGCGCCAUCGAGUCAAGCUGCCAAUCUAAUUCAGGAACACCCUACCAGCCAUAUUCUCCUGACCCGAGGCAAGGGUAUCUGAUAUUAUGCCUUCCAUAAAUUCCUGAUAUAUAAAUGGGGACGUUCUAGACAACACUUGACUAAAGAAGACCUGUCCAGUUCAUACCCAAACUCCAGUGAAGUGUGAAAAAAAUCAAUCCUUUUUCAUGUUUCUUGUCUGUGAUUGGUUCAGACACCCAAAGCCUUUUUUGUACCCUUAAAAGAUAUACCCUUUAGGGAGAGAAAGCACGGCUUUUAGAUCUUCGGGGAAUGGUGGAUAUCAAACAGAGGCAUCAACUUUCUGGAUGUGGUUUUCAGUUAAAUUUUGCAACUCUCACAUCCAGUUAUGAACAUGUCUCAUCACACAGACCAGCCCAGUUAUGCUCCGACCACAGCUCCUUGUUCCACCCAGCCCAGUGUAAAUCCUGGGGAGCAGAUAUUAUAACCUAUACAACCAAUCAGAUGCUUUCUUUCAUACAGAUGACCCAUAAGAGUUUACCAGUUGCUAUGGCUUUCCAAGACACUGUGCAUUGUCCUUUGGUCCUCCUUACAUUAUCCCAAUGCAAUGUAUUUGCUUUCCUGCCCCCCCACCCAAAAAAAACAUGCUAUGUACCACCCCCUUUUUUUAAAGCAAUCAUAUAGGCUGUACAGAUAGAAUAGAUAGUGGUAUUACAACAUAUAUUCUAAUAGAAAAUAUUUAGGUAGGUAGAUAUUCUAAACUGACAUGUCAUGGACAAGUGUGAUGUUUUUUUUCGGUUAAUGUGUAUUUCUUGUUUUUCUCAUUAAAAGUGAUAUCUAGUUCUUC